UAGUUUGCGUGACUAACUUUUUUAAUGAAAGGGUAAGUUCGAUAUUUGUUCGGGAGACAAACAAAUACACAUACAAUUCUUUUGCAAUUUGAAAAACCCGGAAGCACUCAAAUUCUCCUAAAAUGUUACUGGUGGAAUCGUACCACGUGUCCAUUGGGUUCGUUCACAAAUAUUCGUUCAAAAUGGACGUUUCCGCUGAGUUAUACUGUGACCAAAGUAAACAUGAAUUGAGCAAGUUUUAUUUACAUUUGUUGCCUAUGAAUCUGAAGUAUGUGUCCGUUUCGUCCAUUCUGUAAAAAUCUUGCCAAUAAAUAAACUGACAUGAAUCAAGUUUCUUUGGUCGAACAGUUGAAGGAAGUUGUAAAAGCUCAAAAUGAAUCACUUCGGCAAAAGCACAACGAGAUUAAAACGCUUCGUACGGAGAACUCUCGACUAAGCGCCCUAGUACAAGAACUGGAAAUAGAAAAUGAAGGAUUAAAAGGUUUAUUGGAAGCAUUUCAGAAGGAUAAGUGCACAAAUGGACAAGUUAGCAACGGAGGAAAGAACGACGAAACUCAAAGGCCUCGAACUCUUGCUCUUUCGUCACCGCUCAACACGCCAUCGUCAAAUGUAUUAUGGAGUCCAGAAAAAGCGGGAAAAACUUUGAUUGACGCCGAUAAAACUCGGAUAUCGAUAAAAGUUUCAAGUACGCCAAACGCGCGCUGCGCCUUGUCGCCGAAAAAACCGAGUUUUUCCGAUAGGAAAACCCGAAAUUCCUUUUACGAACUCUCUCCGGACAUUUCCGACAAACAUGUACAAAUGCUCGAAAAGAAGUACGGUGGGAAAGAACGGGCACAUAAAGCCGCAAAGAUUAUACAACAACAAUUUCGACGUUGGUCAAUGAAGAGGACUUACGCACGUUUACGGACACAGAGCGAAGCAAGACGAUCAUCGUGGAAGAGCCGACGUAGUCGGCGAAGUUCUUCACGCAGCCCAUCUCGUUCCUGUAGCAUAAGUCCUGUACGAAGUCCCAGCAUAAACGACGGUACGGAAAUGACGUUAAAGCUAGCACAAAUUUCGGAGCAGAAAUUAGGACAAAGCCCAAGCAGAGAUGACUUGAAACCGAUUUCAACCGAUAUUAAUAUUGACUCCGACUUUGAGCAGGUGCAAAGCGCGUCGGGGAAGCCAUUAGUUGAUAUGUCUGUGCGCAAGGUCAGCGAGGACAUAUCGAGUAUCGGACAGCAGAAGGUUAUUGAUGAAGUAUUCCAACAGAUAUUAUUUAAGACAAAAGAAGGUGUUACCGAAGGAUCUCGUAGUAAUAGCUUAAGCUCGUUACGUGGUAGUCAAAUCACCACCGUUGAUGAAUCUCCUGAAAUAUCGGUGGAAACAUCCGGAGCACAGCUUGUCGAGGGAGUUGACUGUGAAGGUAAUGCUGAACAGAGUACCGAGAUAACAAAACAAAUCUUGAAUAACGCCGAAAGUGAGAUUAUAGACAACGGUGAUGGUGUGAGUAUUGAUGAUGUGAAAGGUGAAAUUGUGGAUAACGUAGAUGGUAAAACUAUUGAUAAUAUGAAAGGUGAAACUGUGGACUACGUGGAUGUCAAAACUAUUGAGAAUAUGAAUUGUGAAAGUACGGAUAACGUAGAUGAUAAAAUUAUUCACAGUAUAAGAUCUGAACCUAUGGAUCACGUGGAUGUUAAAACUGUUGAAAAUGUUGAAUGUGAACCUGUGGAUGACGUCGAAGGUGAAAUUUGUGCUCAAACUGAUGACGUUGUUAUGGCAAAUAAUGAUGAAAGACCAUCAGUAUGUCAUGAUGAAAUGAUUGGAAAUGAUGCUCACCUCAUUAAUGAAUCAAAAGACAGUUUCGAUAGCUUCAACGAUAAUCACUCACGCAGUUGGCCCGUCUUGAAUCAUUUGUAUUCGGACGACACAAGCAGUCUGGGUGGCUGUAGUCUAUCGCCAUCCUCCAGUAUUAUGCAAACCUUUUAUGAAAAUAGGGCGAAAGACGUUCGUAUCGGCAUCAAUCAUUUUAACAGAAAACCGAAGAAAGGGAUGGAUUAUCUUGUGGACACCGGAGUACUUCAUGAAGAUGAUGUUGAAGGGAUUUGCAAGUUCUUGAAGGAGGAGCCUGGAAUAAAUAAACAGAAAAUUGGCGAUUAUCUCGGUGACUUGAGAAACCCUCUCAGCAUGAUUGUGUUAAGAUAUUUUGUUAAGUCCAUGGUAUUGGAAGGGAGAGAGGUCGACGAUGCCUUGCGCCAUUUUCAGACGUUUUUCCGCAUGCCGGGAGAAGCACAAAAAAUCGAAAGAAUCGUCGAGGAAUUCUCGAAGGCGUACGUGGAUGCAAAUCCGGACAAGGUCAGUAACAAUCCCGACACCGUACUGGUUCUCUCUUUCGCCAUCAUCAUGUUAAAUACUGACCUGCACAGCCCGAACGUGAAGCGGAAAAUGUCGAAAGAAGAGUUCAUGCGAAAUUUGAGAGGUACGAAUGAUGGAGGCGACUUACCGUCCGAGCAGUUGUCUGCAAUUUAUGAUCGUGUUGAGAAGAGAGAGUUCAGGACUGGCCCUGACAAUCUUCAUGCUAUUCAAAAAUAUGAAAAGCAAAUCUUGGGUAAAGUUCCUUGGACGACACUAGCACUUCCACAUCGUCAACUACGACAGGUCACUACGCUUUACGAAAUCCAACAAGGAGGUAGAAAGAAAGAGAAACCACAUCACAGAGUUGUCUUCAUUUUUAAUGAUUUGUUAGUGGUGACCAAAGAACGUGGACAAGCUGGACAAAAGGGAAUUCACUACUAUAGUUACAAGAGCUCUUAUCAACUCAUCGACAUCAAAUUUGCUCUCUUUCGCACUAAUUAUUUUAAAUACGGUGUGCGAAUCAUUAGCAAAAUCAAUGACGAAGUUCUUAUCAAUUUUCAUGCAAAGAAAGAAGAUAUACGUUCGACAUUUGUCAACGAGCUUCGCGACUGCAUCGAAGAGACCUGCACGAUGGAGAAUGAAAGGAUAGCGGGCAAGAAAGCUCCAGCAACGAUCAGUUUUGGUCGUCGAAACCUUGACGACACAAUAUCGAUGACUUUGCUUCGUUCUAACUCCAAUGGAUUAAAAGAUGUUGCUCCUGAUACACUGAGUCUCGUCAACGCGCCAGGCUCCAUCGCCAUGCAUGGCCAAUAUAUGGGAAGUAGUCUUCUCUCCAGUUCUUUACAAGAUCUUCAUCAGACAGGUGAUAUAUAUGUGACAAUGCAAUUUUUUGUGACGUGUAUUAAUUGCAUCAUGGAGUCAAUGCACAUUUGUCAAGAUGGCAAUUUCUACGAUGAAAACCUCCAGAAGAGUACAAGUAUGGCGUCGUUUGAUUUCGGCGGAAGCGACACAACUUCCGGUAUCGGCUCCGAUCUUUCAUCUUCAAACGGUUCCGUUCAAAAUGUGACCAAGCGAUUCAGUCUUUUAACCCGAAGCGCGCGUUGAAAAAUCCCAUCCAAAGAAAAAUGACAAAAUCAACUGGAAGCUUGGAGGAAAUCAAGAUUCCUCAUCACAAAACUAGUUCCACUUCUGAACAGCGGAAGUCAGAGUUUUUCAUCGCGUCCCCGCCGAUGGUCACGUGACGACAUGCUCUCAUUCGUGGCGGGAAGAAGCGUGGACGUAAGUUUAGGUUGCGUUGUGUUUGGUUCGGAAGCCUUCGUCUGGUGAAGUAAAUUCGCAUGUGUCGUUCGUGUUCUUAGCAAUUUAUCGUUGUUAAACUAAUAUCACUCGCGUGAUCGAAAUCUUGGCACACUUAUGUACACUAUUUUACGCAAUAGUCCCCCUGCUUAUCUAAGUAGGGUUCACAAUUCAGGGGGGAUUUCACGACAACAACAACUGUAAAGACAUAAAUACUUGUAAAGAAUUUUUGCUAUAUAUCUUAAUCAAUCGUCCGGAGUCAUAGAACUCUGAUGCUUUAAAAUGAUUUGCACGUUAAAUAAUGGUGCAAAGCAAAAUGAGUUGUGAAUAUGAAUUAUUCAAUUGUUAAAUGAUUUAUUUCGUUAGAAUACUGCAAAA